CAACAAACACCAACAAAGAAAGCCAUUCCUCUUAUUUGUGAUUCGUCAUCUGAUUUCAUUUUUCGGGACCCUUUUCUCAUCUCUCGUGUGUUGGAGUUUCUUGCACCGGUCGCUGACUCUCCUCAGUUUGUUGUUGCCCCGCCUUUUUCAGCUUCUCGUGCCGAAAGUUUUAUUUACUUAAUGGAAUGCUGUAGGAAUACCACAGAUUCCUUUACGCAGGUUGAAUCUCAGCCGCUGGAAUUUUACCUCACCGAACUAAUCACACAAAGCAGUGGGCGAUAUAUAUCUUCUAGUGACUUGGCCGAGAUUCUUUCAAGUUUUGGGUUUGUCUUGGAAACCAAAAGUUUUUCCCAAAUCUUGUGUGAAUCGGCUUCAUUUCACCGUUCGUCACCGGUGGAUUCUGGUACGUCUUUGUCAAAGAAACAGGAUACACCCAGGGUUCACUCAACUGUAUGUCAUAUACAAACCGCGUGUGACGCUAGAAGAAAAAACAGCCGUGAGAUCGCGACCAUGUUUAUGCCUUCCGUAGCACAACAAGCUGAGGUUGGAAUUCAAGUAUGCCUCGUUUCAACGGAAGCCCAUUAUUUAUCCACAAUAGAGGAUUACCAGCGAAAUUUCAGACUUGGGCGCAUAGCCGAAACCUCUGUGACCGUCAUGGCCACAACCUCCACGAAAGCUUGUCAAACCAUUGGAUGGGGACUGCAAUCAGAAGCGCGGUGCAUCAUGGUUAACCAGUCUAUCCAAACUGAUUGGUGGGUGGAAGAAGUAAGCGAGGCAACUACGAAACUGAUAUACGAGAAAACCAAACAACAGGAAACUACUGAGGAUUCCAGUCUCAGCGUGGAUUUACGAAGUGAGCACAUGCAGGAAGAGACUCCACUACAAAGCAUUACAGACUACGAAGCCAGGCAGACGAUUGAAGUUGAGUCAGUGCUCUGUCAAGUUCGUGAACGCACAGUGCAAUAUCAGCUGGUAGAAGGACGCAUAAAAGAUGAGUCCUACUGGUCUACACACAUUCAAGAAGUGGCUAGUCCUCGAACCGGCUUUCGAACUCCAGUUGGAACUGCAGUACGCUCUGGAUGGCUCAAACCCAUAGAUACGGAGAUCUAUAUAGACCCAGGAACCGACCUUCCAAUGCGAUUGGAGACAGCCGAAGCCGAGGGAUUGGUGACACUUAAUGUUGGAGAACAGCCGUACGAGAUCGAGAAUGGGGGUGGAAGGCGAUGCUUACUGCUGGUCGAACGAAUCUCCUACACCUGGCGUCCCGUCAGAAUUAUCAGUUACACCGACACGCUUAACCAGAUAGAACUUAGUAUAAAUGAAGCACGGCUCCUGGGUUAUAUUGACAUUUCAAGCGAUGAACCAGUCAUUUUGAACCGUGAAGACAACACGUGGAUAUCGCCAGAGGAGGCAGCCGGUAGAGGCAUCAUCGAGCUAGAGGCGAUUGACCCUACAGAAGAUGAAGAGGUCGCAGAAGGAACACAUACUGUGCGAGUCUUCCGAAUCACCGCAGUUCGGCCGGGUGGUGAGCCCAGUGAGUGGCUAGAUCCGGAAGAUGCUGCAAGCCUAGGUUUAUUCAACUGGAGUACCGGAGAAGUCGCUGCUGAAUGGGCAGGCAGACCAGAUCUCCCAAUUUACGAUUGGUACGAACAAUCUGAUGAAACCACCCGGUACUAUAAUACAACCAAGUGGUGUUCAUUGCUCACAGCACGUAAAGCAGGCUGGUUGAGACUUCAGGCUGAGGUGCAUCCAAGCGAAUGGACUAUUCCACUACUUGCAACAGAUUCUCAGUUCACUCCCGUUAUUCUAGCCACGUACGAUCACUUGGUUGUGCCAAAUGCCCAAAUAAUGAAACCACCGCCUACGACCGCUCAAGUGGAAUACGAACAACCUCAGUAUAGAGUUGAAACGGUGACUGAGGAUGAUGAGAUAGACUAUAUUGAAUAUCGAAAGCGAUCAAGACGCUCUACACGGAAGCGAACACAGGAAAGUCUUCGAGCUCGAUCUGAUGUCCACCUGUCCACCAUUACAUCCCAUUCGUUGUACCAGCAUUAUGAUACCCAAAUAUUCUCUGGUCAGAAUACAAGACGUCGCUACUUAUCAGAGCAGUAUUUGAGUGAGAUACACGUACCGUACCUUGUCGCAGAUAUGCAAGACUGGGAGUUUGAUGAUGACGAACAACACAUAUGAAACAUUGUUUGACCGGUUAUUAGAACAUGAACCGAGUUCGCUAAUUUGCAACCCUUUCCUUCCCGUGAAAUAACCUGAUAAUGCUUAUGGAUUGAACAGAACCAAUUUAUGCAAUAAGAAUAUACGAUGAACUGUCUUCUCACCCGUUUUACGGCAAUACUAAGUGUUCUGUAUCAGUACGGUUGGUAAGCAGAAGGAAACGAGGUGAAGUAUCCUCU